AUGGGCUCAAUCGCCCCUGAGGACUUGUCCACGCAACCGCUUCGCUUCUUCAUAUUCGGCAACAACAUCGCCCACAGCCUCUCACCCACAAUCCACAAUGCCGCCUUCGCCCACUACGGAUUUCCACACCACUACUCGAUCCACGAGACUACAAACAUCGACGCCAGCAAUCGCAAACUCCUGAACAGCCCAGACUUCGGCGGCGCAUCAAUCACCUUCCCUCACAAACUCUCAGUCCAGCCUUUGCUGCAAUCGAUAUCGCCGUCGGCGACGUCAAUGGGUGCGGUCAACACGAUCAUUGUUCGACAUACUGACGACGGUGUUCGGCAGUUACACGGGGACAAUACGGACUGGUUGGGGAUCCGCAAUUGCAUCGCACGACAUCAUUCCUCGACGCCCAAGUCGGCCGUCGUCAUUGGGGCGGGAGGGGCUGCGAGGGCAGCGGUGUUUGCGAUCUCGCAUCUGGGAUUGAGACAUGUCACGAUUGUCAACAGGUCGCGCGCCACAGCGCAAUCAUUGGCCGAUUCGUUUCCGGAGAUGCAAUUUACGAUCUGCGAGGCUCUCCAGGAGGUCAAGCCGGCCGAUCUGAUAGUGGGAUGCAUACCUGCUGAUGAUGUUCGUGAAGAGGAUAUUCCUUCGCAGAUGUUCAUGGAGUCAGGAGGUCGCGUGGUGGAGAUGAGCUAUCGGCCACCUGUUUCGGCGCUCAUGAGCGUGGCGAGGAAAAGGCCAGGGUGGACGGUCUUUGGCGGUGUAGAUGUGCUGAAAGAACAAGCCUAUGCACAGUUCGAGAUCUGGACUGGCAGGCCUGCUCCUGUGAAUAUUAUCCAGAAGGCUCUUGCGGAACGGCAGAAGCUGUGA